AAACGCUGACAGUAUAAAUUUGACCGCUCAGCGAGAUGGCUUUCCCAGGAAAAAUCGAAAAAUCGGAAAAAACAAGUGAAAAAGUGCAAGUGUUCAGUGAAAAGCCAAAUGUUAAAUUAAAGCGUUGAGAAAAUAGUGAUUGAUUACUAUGUGUGCUAAAAGGUAAUAAUUGCCUGAGAGGAAAUGUGCUAUUGAGACGCAAAAGUGGUGUGGGAAUCUGCAAAACAAGUUUUUCAAAUAGUGGGACGCCACGAAUUAAUGAAAAAUCGAAUGUGCUCUACCUUUUUGAGACGUAAGCUGAAGCAGCGACGUAGGCAGAACUGUAGUCGUCGGAAAGAACUGUGGUGCGGUGCAGGGUGGCUUUGCUGCAUUAGAACGGAAACAAAGGAAUAUAAAAGGAGCGCUUGAAAGGAAGAGGCGAAUUUGGAACGCCCCUGUCUACGAAAGCAGCGCAGUACAAAAUAUCUAUCGACUGCGCGAAUAAAAGAAUUAGUAAAAGCGAGAGAAAGAGAAAUAACAAGAUAAAAGGAAGGAGAGAAGAAGCCAUUUGUCGGUAAACUGCAUCAAAAACGCAAGCAUACAUGCGUAUCUGCAUACAUAAAUGCACACAUAAUAAUUUUAAUUAAGUAUUCAAAUCUUAAGUCUGGCCAAAAACCAAAGAUCGUUCCAUAAGUGUAUCAGAAGCAGAGGAGAGGAGGUGCUUUAUGGCGUAUGCAAACUGGAACAUUUAGUAAUAACUAGCUAAUACACACACACACAUAUAUACAUACAUCCAUACAUACAUAGAUACGCGAGGAUAGAUCUCGACCGAUAAAAAGCAAGCAGAUUUUGCGUGGCAUUAAAAGUAAAACAGAAAUAAGUCAACAGCGGAGCUGAACAAUGACAUCGCGGUUGGAUCGUCUCUUCAUAUUGCUCGAGUCCGGCUCAUCAGCAGUAACACGUCGCGCUGCGGCAAAACAAAUCGGCGAAGUACAGAAGUUGUACCCCCAUGAAUUGCAUGCACUUCUCAAUCGUCUAAUCGGAUACUUGCACAGCACCUCGUGGGACACUCGCAUCGCCGCUUCACAAGCCGUAGAGGCGAUAUUGCAAAAUGUACCCGCUUGGAGACCGGAAUUAUACGCGGCCAUAAAACGUGAGACCAUUAAAAAGGAGAAGGAAAGGGACGAAGAUUCGACUGCAGUAGCUUCCAUUACGGGUGGUGGUGGUGGUGGUGGUGAGGACGAUAGCUGUCAAUCGGUGGCUACCACUGCCACAAACUCCAGCGAACAUAGCUGCAGUCGAGAUUUGCUUCAGCAACAACAGCAGCAGCAACGCGAACGAUUAUUAUCGUUUGCGGAAUUCGAUUUGGAGCAAAUAUUGCAUAAAGGUGCUCGCCUUAUCGGUUCCGAGGGUAUUGAAUUCGAUUUGAACGAAACGGAGAGCGCUGCAACACCAACGGGUGGUAGUGGCGCAAAUGCAAGUGCCACGGCUGCGGAGCGGUUGAGUCGACAGCGUGCGCUGCUCAAUGAGAAACUAGGGCUGACGCAGGCCUCGAAGUUGGGCGUGAAUCUGACGGAUAUGAUAACAGAUGAGGAUGUAAUGAGUACCGGAAGCAACUACAAUGCCAACGAGGAGAAGGUGCCCGUUGAGGAUAUACUGAAUAUAAAACCCAAUUCCAAUUUGAUUCCUUCCAAUGGGCAACAGCUUAGCUGCCGUGAAAUGAAUCGCGCCAAGCGCAAAGCGCGACAAAAUAUAAAUACAACAACCAGUGGCGGCGGUGUAAAUGCGACUGCAAAUAGUUUAAGUCGAAGCAAUAACAGCAACAGCAGUGGCAUGGGAACCGGUAAAAAUGGUGCCAGUAUGGUCGACGAACCAGAACGCAAAAAAUUGAAAGCAGAUGCGCUAGAGCGACAGGAGGUUUUCUAUACAUUAAAUGAUCCCGUGCCGGAUGCGACUGGUAUGUGGAUUGAUGCCUUCAAUUGGCCAUUGGAAAACUUUUGUGCACGUCUCUAUGUCGACCUCUUCAACCCGAGAUGGGAGGUGCGUCACGGUGCAGCGACAGCUUUGCGUGAGCUUAUUAAUAAUCACGCCAGCGGUGCAGGCAAAUGUAUCGGUAUGACACGUGAAGAGAUGCAGCAACAUCACAAUCUCUGGAUGGAGGAUGCUGCCUUGCGUCUGCUGUGCGUACUGUGCCUGGAUCGUUUCGGUGACUUUGUAUCCGAUCAGGUGGUGGCGCCAGUACGUGAAACAUGUGCGCAGGUGCUGGGAACUAUUGUAAAAGAAAUGCAUGCAGAGCAAGUGCAUCAAAUAGUGCAGUUGUUGAUUAAAUUGCUGAAGCAGAAGGAGUGGGAAGUCCGUCACGGCGGCCUACUGGGUUUGAAGUAUGUCUUUGUAGUGCGCGAAGAUCUUUUGACGAUUUAUGUGCCGCAAUCAAUAAACGACAUACUGUUGGCAUUAUUCGAUGCCGUAGAUGAUGUGGGCGCCGUAGCCGCAUCGACUCUGAUUCCGAUUGCAACCUGGUUGCCGAAAUUGUUAAAUCCAGUUCAGGUCUCGUCGAUUGUGAAGAUGCUGUGGGAUCUACUCCUGGAUCAGGAUGAAUUGACGAGCGCAUGUAAUAGUUUUAUGGGACUGCUAGCGGCAAUACUGUGUCUACCCAGUGCCGGAUUUUGGAUUCAAAUGGAACCAAUGUCCACGCUGGUGCCGCGACUUUGGCCCUUUCUUUCGCAUAGCACCAGUUCGGUGCGAAAAUCGACUUUACUGACACUCCAAACUCUCACCAGUUGCAAUUUGAAUAAGGACCAAAUUGAAGCCAUGACCAGUGCCACUCCCUCCACAAGCACAAAACUUAGCACAACCGCAAAUAAUAAUGGUAACGCCGUGGGUCAGGACUCUACCAAUAUGCCGCAGUUGGCCAUUGCCAUAAAUUUCGAUUCCAAAAAAUUAAACUUAAAUCUAGGCGUCAUCGAUUGGCAGUGGAAACUGUUGCAGGACGCGCUACGCUUCAUUUACGAACGCAUUCUAGUCGAACCUCAGUCAGAUAUACAGGAGAUGGCAACGGAAGUUUGGAAAAAUCUAUUGUUUAACGCUGAUUUGGGAGCGUUAUUGCAUGCCGCCUGUCCGGUCGUUUCGUCGUGGAUUUGCUUAGCCAUGCAGCCAGCCAGGCUUGCUUUCGACUCAUCCAUUCUAAUACACACCUCCGCUGUGCCGCAAAGCCCCUUAGCCACAUCAGCCGAUGCAAACGCAGCUGUAACAUCCCGACGACGGGCGCAGCGUAAUGCCGAUGAUUUGGGUGGCCACUCCAUGAGCAGUACAGCACCGCAAAGAUACUUUCUUGGUGGCAAUGAGGCGACCCCAUUGGAUGUUCGUGAGCGUAAUGUGGUGCGUGCGCGUGUAACGGCAGCACGAGUGCUGGGCGCGCUCUCGAAAUAUCUGGUGCAGCCGGCUCCAGGAGUGACUUAUACGCCAAAUAUGGAGUCCCCCAUGGAUUGUUAUACAAAAGUGUUGUUGGGGCACUUAAAUUCGCGGUCGGCAGUGCAGCGCAUUGUAUGCGGUCUGAUCAUCGCAUUCUGGGCACAAAUAGAUCCUUCCAUGCGCCUAGCCGCACCGAAGCUGGCAGAGAAAUUACGCACGUGUGUCAUGGAGUAUGUCUACUAUGACGAAGUAGCCGUUUCGUUUACAAGGUUGCACCAGGAGGCUCAUGAUCUCAUUGCUACAUUGAAGCAAUACAAAAUACCCAUAAAUGAUUUAAAUUUUGGUCGCGUUCUCACAUUAGAUCAAAUAGAGGCAAUUGCCACCACCCUGACCGAGGGGUUUAGUCGCUAUGGGCUUAAGCCAAAAUUACACGAAACACUUGAGGAACGCAGGCGUGGCUUGCGAGCCUCUUUCGCGCAGACUUCAGCAGAACAAUGCGCCUAUAAUAUAAGCGCACAAGCGGCAUUGGCGGGUGCCAUUGUCUGCAUGCAAUGCUUACCAGAGAAGUUGAAUCCGGUUGUAAAACCGCUUAUGGAGUCGAUAAAACGAGAAGAGUGUGAGUUAUUGCAACAACUUUCAGCGGAAUUCCUGGUGCAGCUAAUGCAUCAGGUGUGUGAUAGAAAUCCUAGUCCUAAUAGUAAAAUACUGACUAACUUGUGUACGCUGCUGAAGAGUGAUCCUCAGUUUACGCCCAAAAUUACUAUAAGCCAAUUGACAUUGAAAAAGACUACAUUGCCCCAGUCAGCGGUUGCUUCGAAUAACUGCGUUUAUUACGGCAUUUUAACAUUAAAUUUGCAACAAAAUAAUGCACAAAUUGGAAGUGCAGGUAGUCGUGGUGGUGCUGGGGGACCGAGUGGCUCACGUGGCCCAGGUAGGCCGCCACUAAGUGAAGCGAAUGCCGCAGCGGAAAAUGGUGUCAAUGCAGUAAACGCGGCGGAAUUAAAACAGUUCCGCGUUCAACGCCUGGGCGCCUCUUGUGCCAUAUCGAAAAUUUGCCUAAGCUUCUCAGUAGAGAUCUUUUCCAAAAUGCCGGUUUUCGAGCAAAUUUUGUUUGCUAAAAUUGAGGAAUUUACAACAGCUUAUCCGAAUAUGGAAUUACUAUCAGAUGCUCCGCUAGAUUUAGCAAAUACAAAUGAUUUAAUGACAUCUUUACAGUUAAUUGAAAUCGCAGCACCAUAUUUUAUAAAAUUUUCCGGCACAAUUAACGCUCAGGGUGCCCCAUUUCAACGUCUCUUCGAUCUGCUACCGCAUUUCAGCGUGCUUAUUACUCAUCCAAUAAAAGCGGUCCGUCACAUGGUGGCUCGUUGCAUUGCCUCGCUCGCCACUGCCGAUUUGAUACGCACAAUGCACUUUGUCCUGGAUAAGCUACUAGGCAUGCUGGAUAAAGUUGACAGUGUGAUACAGCGUCAGGGUGCCAUCGAAGCUAUUGAACGUGUUGUCGACAAGCUACAAUUGCGCAUUGUACCUUAUAUAGUGCUUCUAGUCGUCCCUUUGUUGGGUUGCAUGAGCGAUCCCGAUGAAUCUGUACGUUUGCUUUCCACGCACUGCUUUGCCACACUUGUUCAACUUAUGCCAUUAGAUUCGCGUAGCAAGUCAAUGAAGAAUGAGAUUCCUUCCGCUGAGUUACAGGAGCGAAAGAUACGCGAUCGCGAAUUUCUUGAUUACCUAUUCACGCCAAAGACUAUACCCGACUACAAAGUACCGAUACCCUUAUCGGUAGAGCUUCGUUCUUACCAACAAGCAGGCGUUAACUGGCUAUGGUUUUUGAACAAAUACAAUUUGCAUGGCAUUCUUUGCGAUGACAUGGGUUUGGGUAAGACACUUCAAACUAUUUGUAUUCUCGCAGGCGAACACUACCAGCGCACUAUGGACAGAGAAGCAUCACUGCCAAGCCUAGUGAUUUGUCCACCGACGCUCACAGGUCAUUGGGUCUAUGAGGUGGAAAAAUUCCUAGAAAAAUCGAAAGUUUUACGUCCACUACAUUACGUAGGUUUGCCUAUCGGACGUGAAAAACUGCGCUGCCAAAUUGGGCCGUGUAAUCUGGUCGUGGCAUCAUACGACACAGUACGAAAGGAUAUAGAUUUCUUCAGCAAUAUAAACUGGAACUACUGUGUGCUGGACGAAGGUCAUAUUAUAAAGAACGGCAAGACAAAAAGUUCGAAGGCCAUUAAAAUGCUUAAGGCCAGACAUCGGCUAAUACUUUCUGGUACGCCUAUUCAAAACAAUGUAUUGGAGCUUUGGUCCCUAUUUGACUUCCUGAUGCCUGGUUUUCUUGGCACUGAGAAACAAUUUAUUGCGCGUUACAGUCGGCCAAUAUUAGCUUCCCGCGAUUCAAAGAGUUCCUCCAAGGAACAGGAAGCUGGCGUCUUAGCAAUGGAGGCAUUACAUCGCCAGGUAUUGCCAUUCUUGUUGCGUCGCGUGAAGGAGGAUGUGUUGACCGAUUUACCACCUAAAAUCACACAAGACUUGUUGUGCGAAUUGAGUCCGUUGCAAGAACGUUUAUAUGAGGACUUCAGUCGUACACAUUUGAAUUCACAUUGGAAGGAUUGUUUGGAUAGCCUGGGUGAGAGUGAUACCAUCAGCAAGAAGGCUCACAUUUUCCACGAUUUGCGUUAUUUACAAAACGUUUGCAAUCACCCGAAAUUGGUGUUGACACCAAAGCAUUCGGAGUACGCAAAGAUUGCGCAGGAGUUGCAGCAACAGCAGAGCUCACUUGAUGAUAUAGAGCACUCGGCGAAAUUGCCAGCACUGAAACAAUUGUUGCUCGAUUGCGGCAUUGGCGUCCAAACUGAAUCGGUCAGUCAACAUCGUGCGCUUAUUUUCUGUCAACUAAAGGCCAUGUUAAAUAUAGUGGAACACGAUUUGUUGCGCAAACAUUUGCCAACGGUGUCUUACUUACGCCUAGACGGCAGCGUGCCGGCAUCACUGCGUCAAGACAUUGUGCACAACUUCAACACCGAUCCGAGUAUCGAUGUGCUACUCCUCACCACACAGGUCGGCGGACUUGGCUUGAAUUUGACUGGCGCUGACACAGUCAUAUUUGUCGAGCACGACUGGAAUCCAAUGAAGGAUCUACAAGCCAUGGAUCGUGCGCAUCGUAUUGGCCAAAAGAAAGUGGUGAAUGUAUAUCGGUUGAUAACUCAAAAAACACUCGAAGAGAAAAUAAUGGGAUUACAAAAGUUUAAAAUCCUCACCGCCAAUACCGUGGUCAGUUCAGAGAACGCCUCGUUGGAUACAAUGGGCACAGCACAGCUCUUCGAUUUAUUUAAUCCAAAUGGCAAUGACAAAGAGGGAGCAAAUGGUGCGCCAGCAUCGAAUGCGGGCAGUGGUGGACCAAUGUCUAUGAAUGCAAUCAUCGAAAAUUUGCCAGAGCUAUGGUCGGAACAGCAGUACGAUGAGGAAUACGAUGUGACAAAUUUCGUACAGGGCUUAAAGAAGUAGAAGAAUAGUAAUGGAAACAUACGGAGUUUGUAGAGUGACAAGACACAUAUUAGACAAGUAGACAAAGAAGGCGCACGGAAAUUUAAUAGCUGAGAUACAUACAUGGAUUCCAUUUUUUAAGCUUCCAGCCAUUGACAUGGUGUAAUAGCACAUUUUUCUCCAGCUAAUGACGCUUGGACACACCACAAUUGCAAAGCCCGGUUUGCUUUUUUACUAUUACCAUAUCAAAUAUCUUGAGAGAUCUAGUAUAAAUAAGCAUGCUACUUGAAAUAUGCAACUUUUAAUUUAUUAACAGCAUAUCAAAAAAAAAAAAAUAUGCAAGACCAUUCAUAUAUAUAUACGUUUAUAUGUAUUUCUUAGGUUUUACUGUUCCUUUUUUAAUAUAAUUUGUAAGCGCUUUCUCUUUGCUAGUUUCCUUUUUUACUGUGUGAUCAAACAACACACACUUCGUUUGUAGUUUGGAGGGACAGUAAACAAUUUUACCAAUAAAUCACAAAAUAAUAAAAGUUAA